CCAUGUCCAGUGUGGAACUAGAAAACAGGCAAAAUCAAAAACCACUUCUCACCUAGAAGAAAGCUGGUUGCACUUUCUCAAACAAGCUUAAAGAUUUUAAACAACAUUGCUGAGAUCUCUUCAAAUAACUACCUCGAUAAUACAAUGCUUGGAUUAAAACUGAGGUUUUGGUAUUUUUAACCAGGCAUAAGCACACAGAAGAAUUUCCAGGGGCUAAUAAGGCGACAACAAAUAUCUGAGGGAUUGAAGACACCUUGGAACGAGGCCAGAUGAGCAACUGUAGUGAAUGCCUUACUUCAUGCAAAGACAUUUGCACUUGUCAAAGCUCCUUGAGAUGCCACUUCGCCAAUCUAAAGAAGCAGAUGGCCCAAGACAGGGCAGAGUAUGAAGCUAUUAUCUUAAGCCUGGAGCAACAGAACAAAGAACUGGACUUAGAGGUUAGGGAUCUGCAUUCAAAACUGGAUCAGCAACGGAAGUGGCAUCAUUUAGUGGAAAUUAGAAUAUGCAAUGCAGAGAGGGCAUGCAAAGACGCAGAAAGGCGAAAUGAAGCUCUUCAGAGAGAAAUGGAAGAGUUUUUUGGUACUUUUGGAAAACUGACAAGUGAAAAAAAGAUGCCAGAGCAAAUUACUCAAAGUUUUUAGAUACUAUCUGAUCCUAACUUCAUCUGAAGAAAAAAAAAGUACAUGUUCUCAUUAUCCAAGCACUUAAAGCUAAAAGUCCUGAUAUCUUCAUAGUAAUACAAAUAAAGUUCCUCUUUGUAUCUUUUAAAAUG